GUGACCGGAGGCAGCAGUGGGAUUGGGAAGUGCAUUGCCAUGGAAUGCUACAAACAUGGUGCCUUCAUCACUCUGGUGGCACGAGAUGAGCACAAACUGGUUCAAGCCAAGAAAGAAGUGGAGAAAUGUGCCAUAAAUGAUAAGCAGGUGGUGCUUUGCAUUUCUGUUGAUGUGUCGAAAGACUACACCCAGGUGGAGAGCGUCAUAAAACAAGCUCAAGAGAAGCUGGGUCCUGUGGACAUGCUGGUGAAUUGUGCUGGGACGUCUAUAUCUGGGAAAUUUGAGGAAGUGGAAGUCGACCGCUUUAAGAAACUGAUGGAGGUGAACUAUCUGGGCAGCGUGUACCCCACCCGGGCAGUGGUCACCACUAUGAAGGAAAGGCGGAUGGGACGCAUCAUGUUUGUGUCGUCACAGGCAGGGCAGAUCGGCCUCUUUGGCUACACGGCCUACUCACCGUCCAAAUUCGCCCUGCGUGGUCUGGCUGAGGCCUUGCAGAUGGAGAUGAAGCCCUAUAAUAUCUAUGUAACUGUGGCGUAUCCUCCAGACACCGACACUCCAGGUUUUGCAGAAGAGAAUAAGACUAAGCCUCUGGAGACCAGGUUAAUUUCAGAAACGUCUGGAGUCUGUCAGCCUGAGCAAGUAGCAAAAGUUGUGGUGAAGGAUGCAGUGAUUGUGACGAUGGGGUUGUUCCGCACCAUCGCUCUCUUCUACCUGGGCAGCUUUGACAGCAUCGUCCGCCGUUGCAUGAUCCAGAGAGAACAGUCCAAAGCAGCAGACAAGAGGGAGUAG